CCUUGGGUUGGGGCCAGAGGCUCCGGAGCCAUCCGAAGCAGCAGCAGCCCCGGCAGCUCCCGGGAGAGGGCCGGCCAUGGGGCGCUGGCUCUGGCCCUGGCCCUGGCUGUGGCUGGGGGCCCUGCUGGGCUGGGGCCCUUCUUCCCUGGGCUCCCCGGCAUCUGCUUCGGCUGCUCCGGAGGAAGAGCUGAGCCAGGAGCGGCGUCUCUUCGGGCGCCUCUUCGCCGACUACGACCGGAGGCUGCGGCCGGUGAAGGAAGAAGGGGCUCCUCCGCUGGAGGUGGCCAUCAAGCUGACCCUCACCAACCUCAUCUCCCUGAACGAGAAGCUGGAGACCCUGACCACCAACGUCUGGCUGGCGCAGCAAUGGGUCGACUACCGCCUGAACUUCAGCAGCCAAGACUACGGGGGGAUCGGUGCCCUCCGGGUGCCAGCCGAGAGCGUCUGGCUGCCGGACAUCGUCCUGGAGAACAACAUCGACGGCAACUUUGAGGUGGCCUACUCGGCCAACGUCCUGAUCUACCCGGGGGGCUCCGUGUUCUGGCUGCCCCCCGCCAUCUACCGCAGCACCUGCUCCAUCGAGGUCACCUUCUUCCCCUUCGACUGGCAGAACUGCUCCCUCGUCUUCCGCUCCCAGACCUACAACGCCAAGGAAGUGCAGCUCACCUUCGGCCCCGAUGACCUGACGGGGGUCCCGGUGAAGGAGGUCAUCAUUGAUCCGGCAGCUUUCACAGAGAAUGGGGAGUGGGCCAUCCGGCACCGUCCGGCCCGCCGGCAGCUGGCCCCGGUCUCCGGCCUGGAGGCCCCUGGCUUCUCUGAGAUGCACUACUUCCUGAUCAUCCAGCGCAAGCCCCUCUUCUACAUCAUCAACAUCAUCAUCCCUUGUGUCCUCAUCUCCUCUUUAGUGGUCCUGGUCUACUUCCUCCCGGCCGAAUCCGGAGGCCAGAAGUGUACGGUCAGCAUCUCCGUCUUGCUGGCCCAGACCGUCUUCCUCUUCCUGAUCGCCCAGCAGGUCCCAGAGACUUCGCUCAGCAUCCCCCUCAUUGGAAAGUACCUGCUCUUCGUGAUGGUGGUGGCCACCCUGAUCGUCAUGAACUGUGUCAUCGUGCUCAAUGUGGCUCUGCGCAGCCCCAACACCCACGCCAUGUCGCAGCGCCUCAAACACGUCUUCCUGGAGGUCCUCCCCAAGUACCUGGGGGCCAAUCUAGAGCCGGCGGGCGAGGAUUCCUUGGGCGGCCCUCGGCCGCGGAGGCUCAGCUCCUUCAAGAUCAUGCUGAAGGCCGAGGAGUACAUCCUGAAGAAGCCCCGCAGCGAACUCCUCUUUGAGCGCCAGGGGCCACGCCACGGACUCCAGCGGGGCCCUGGGCGCAACGCCGCUUAUGAGCUGGACAUUGGGAUGACCAACACCUUGUACAAGAACCUGGCCACUUUGGCCCCAGAGAUCAAGGAGUGCGUGGACGCCUGCAACUUCAUCGCUGAGAGCACCCACGAACAAAGCACCAAUGGGGCGGAGAUGGAGAACUGGGUGAUGAUUGGGCAGUGGUGAUCGAACAAGAUCUGCUUCUGGGCAGCCAUCUUGCUCUUCAGCAUCGGGACCUUUGCAUCUUCUACAUGGGUUACUCAACACAGUGCCAGAUGACCCCUUCCCUGGCCUGGAAGACCCAGAGUGAGGGGCAAGCUUCCCUCCAUGCCUGGCACCCCACCCCACUGGGCCACAGAGGGAGGGAGGGUCUCCUCCUUGCCUUGUUGGGACACCCUGUUAGCCUCCCAUUGACAUAUGCAAACACCCCAUUUGUUUGGCUAGACUGGCACCUAUUUCCCUGUCUGGCUUUUAAGGGUCCCAAAUACACCCCACUUGCUACAGAAACCCACUCUGCUGUUCUGUGGUGGAAGAGCUCUGUGUCACCUUGAUGUUUACAGACAUUAACCAAACAUGUUGCAAUGAAACAUGUGACCAGUGUCUCCUGGGGGAUGGAAACAGCCAAACAUUUUGAAGCUGGUCUUGGCCAUUCCUAAACACACACACACACACACACACACACACCUCUGCAUCCUUUGGCUUCUGCUUUCUGCAGCUGCUGCAAUCCUUUGUGGCCCCUGCUGCAGAGAACUGGGGCACCCUCCUGGAGCCCCCAAAGUGACACCCCAUGGGACCCUAAAGCUAUACUCCAGGCUUCCUCUGAGGACAGGGCUAACCUUGGCCAGCAGUGGGACCCACUUUCAUGGGGCAGAAAGGACAGGGCAAAUUCUGUCUGUCCACUUCCUUACAAUUGAAUAAAUCUCCCUGCUGUGUCUUCUCACAACUCCUGAAUAAUAAUAAUAAUAAUAAUAAUAAUAAAGUAUUUGUAUCCCACCCCUCUGAGAACAAUCGGAGCGGCUAACAAAGUUAAAAAUACCCAACAUAUAAAAUCCCUGGUACCCUCCCCUCCUGGCUCUGCUUUUUGCAAAGGGAGACCCCUCCCUGCUUGAAUCAUAAGAGUUGGAAGAGACCCUCAGGGCCAUCCAGUCCAACCCCAUUCUGCCAUGCAGGAACUCACAAUCAAAGCAUCCCCGAUAGAUGGCCAUCACCCUCCAUCAGGAUUCUGGUUAACUCUGAAAGGUCCCAGGCUUUGUUCUUUUCUCUUUCCUCCCCACGCCAGCCCCCUUUUACUACCCCUAACCUGAUGGAGAACCAUCAUGGUGCAAUGGUUUGUGUGUUAGACCAUGGGCUUCAGGAGACCAGGGUUCAAAUCCCCACAGGAUCCAUGGCCCCCCUGGACCACAGACCCCAACCUUUCUCAAGUCUCUCAGAGGAAGACAAGGCAAACCCCUUUCGAACAAAUCUUGUGGGCAGCAAGGUGUAGUGGUUUGAAUGGUAGGGCAUGACCCUGGCAGAUGGGGGCUCAGAUCCCCACUCAAGUCACGGGAACCCACUGGGUGACUUUGGGCAAGUCACACUCUCUCAGCUUCAGAGAAAACCUCCUCCAAAGGAAUCAUGCCAAGAAAACCAUAGGAGAGGGUCACCAUAAGUUGUAUUCGGCUUGAAAGGACAUAACAAAUCCAGAUGAUGUUUUGGGACACCCAGAAGCUGGUCCGCUUCCAUUUCGUGCCAAUUGGGAGCAGGAAAAGUAUUUCCUAACUGUGGGAGGGAUUAUUUUUCCCAAUGGGGCAGGAAAUAUUUGCUACAAUUGGCUUGCUGCCUUCUUCCUUUCUCUUGUUUAAAGAGACUAAACAACCAUAGAACCCAAACAAACCCACCUGACAAACUCCUGGCCCACUGCCCACAUUCUAUGCCAGCUAGGGAAACCCAUUACUUUGGGUACACAGUCAACUGGCAGGCCCUUUGGUAGGGCACUGACCUGGUGGCGCAGUGGUUCAAUGCCUGUACUGCAGCCACUCACUCAAAACCACAAGGUUGCGAGUUCAAGACCAGCAAAAGGGCUUGACUCAGGCUUGCAUCCUUCUGAGGAGGUAGCUAAACUGAGUACCCAGAUUGUUGGGGGCAAACUAGCUUACAGUUGUAAACCGCUUAGACACUGCUUAGGCAGUAUGAAGCGGGAUAUAAAUGAAGCACCCUCCCAGCAUGGCCACUCCAGGGUCUGUUGUUUGUGUCCUUGUGGCGAAAGCCAGAAGUGAGUCAUAGGGAAAGUGGGCCCCUGGGCUGGAGUCUUGGGCCUCCUCCAUCCUCUGUCCCUGGGCCAAGGGUCCAAAGUUCCCCCUUCCUCUCCUGGCCAGCUCUGGCUCUGGCUCCAAGGAACAUCUCCUGCACAAAGCUCCCAGGAGAUGUAGGAGAAUCUCCCCUGGGACUGGAAGAGAGUCAUC